AUCCGCCCCCUUCCUGUUGAACAAUGUCGCUGACGGGAUCACCCCCUGGCGCGCAGCUGCUUGCCAAACUCGCCAAACACGUUGCCGGCAGGGCACACAACCAGCUCAGCCGAUGGCUGCACAAGAGCGGCGCAGGUGACGAGUGCAACAAGAUGGACCUGCUGGCGUGCGGCGGGGACGCGGACGGUGACCCCGAGGCGGCGGCAGGAGAGGUUGGCGUGGAAUCCCGGCACCCAUGCUCAGUCACCCCCUUCUGCCUGAAAAGCGCCCUGCUGGCUUGCGUCCUCACGGGCCUGUGCUUCUCCUCAGUGGCGCUGGUCCGCCAGCACCUGAAGGACCUCCUGCUCUGGGUGGAGGGCCUGGACAGCCUGGCGGGGACCCUGCUCUUUGUAGUAGGCUUUAUCGGCGUGUCCUUCCCGUGCGGCUGGGGCUACAUUGUGCUCAACGUGGCGGCCGGAUACCUGUACGGGUUCGUGCUGGGCGUGGGGCUGGUCAUGGUGGGCGUGCUGAUCGGCACCUUCGUGGCGCACCUAGCCUGUAAACGACUGCUGACGGACUGGGCGCUACGCAAGGUGGGCGCCAGCGAGCGGCUGAGCGCCAUCAUCCGCGUGGUGGAGGGCGGCAGCGGACUCAAAGUCGUGGCCUUAGCGAGACUCACCCCCAUCCCCUUUGGACUCCAAAAUGCAGUUUUCUCCGUGACGGACGUGUCCUUGCCCAACUAUCUCGUGGCGUCGUCGGUGGGCCUGCUGCCCACCCAGCUGCUCAACUCCUACCUGGGCAGCACGCUGCGCACCAUGGAGGACGUCAUUGCCCAGCAGAGCGUCAGCGGCUACUUUGUCUUUGCUCUACAGAUCGUGAUUAGCAUCGGGCUGAUGUUCUACGUGGUUCACCGCGCUCAGGUGGAGCUCAACGCCGCCAUCGCUGCCUGCCAGAUAGAGUUCCGAUCUUCGCACAUGAACGGCUUGUCUUCGUCACCCUCCGUUACCGCCGCCGGCAACCACGCAGGAUUCACGUACUGCGGCAAACGCACGGCGGCCAUCGUCAACGUGGUGUGACCAUAAAGCGAUCGCGUUGGACUCUGGAAUGCCCGGUAGGUGUUUUGCUCUGUUUUGUUUUUGGACCGAGCGGUGAAGGGACCUCAAGAGAUGUCAGUGAAAUAACACUUUGAAUGUCAACUUGAUUUGUUUGGACGAAUGGCCACCUAUGCACCUUCUUUCCUAACACGUUGAGUGUGUCAGCAACUGAAAACAAAGCAUAACAACAAUCAUAACGGGACUAAAUGGUAUUGAUAAGGGCAUUGUUCAUCUUUUGUGACUUUGAGUGCUUUUGAAUUCAGUGUCUUACUUUUGGGACGGUGACUCACUCCGAUCGGUUGAGACGUAAAACUCAGGAAUGUUUGAAGUACGCUGAGAGAAGCCUUUCCUGUCGAUUAUUAACGUGAGAAAAAGAAAAAAAAAUUUGAGACUUUUUUUUUUGAGAGUAGUUCAUUCCAGAAUGUUGCAAACUAAGCUAAAGGAAAUACUAUGACGAGAUUUUUUUUUUUUACGUGCUAUCAUUUCUUUUCAUAUUUUUUUAAUACCACCUUGCAACUGAAAACUAUGAAGGAGGUUUGAGUGAAAUUAGGACUCAAAGAAGGCAGUUGUGAUGACAACGCUAGUAGCUUCAUGAGUACCGUAUUUUUCGGACUAAAAGUCGCUCGGAGUAUAAAUCGAACCAGCCAUAAAAUGCACAAUAAAGUGGGAAAAAAACAUAUAUGUCACACCGGAUUAUAAAUCGCACUUUU